AUCCAUUUGCAACCUCUUCAUCCCCAUCUUCUCAUUUUCCUUCCUCUGUUUCAUCUGAGAAAAUGCAUCCCCUUCACUUCCGUGGGUCUUUCAUCUUCAUCAUCAUCAUCAUCAUCACCUUCGUCUUGAUCCAUGCCCCUAAAUUUGCAUCCUCUGUGGAUGAACGUUAUGCGAACUGUAACAGGACCAUCGCCUGUGGAAACAUUGAGAAUAUUGGCUAUCCUUUCUGGGGUUCAGGCAGGCCGGACUACUGUGGCUUGCCUGGCUUCCAGCUGAACUGCAGCGACUCAAUCCUGGAGAUCACAAUCAUGUCAGCAACAUACCACGUCCUUCGAAUCAACAACGAGUCCCAGUUUCUCAACGUGGCCAGAGCCGAUUAUCUAGAAAACCUCUGCCCCGCCUUCCUAAUCAACACCACUCUGAAUCCUGACCUCUUUGAAUUUACUUCCGAUACUCAGUUUAUAAACCUCUAUUAUCAUUGCCCCCCUCUUCCUCCUUCUCCUCCAACUCCAAUACCAAAGUGCUCCAGUCAUUUUACUUGUAAUGUAAACGAAACCACCUUCGAUGGCUAUUACCUCACCAGAAAUCUCAGUGAGUUGCCCGACCUGGCUCCUUUUGCGCCUCUAAUCAGUGAAUUCUUGGGUAGAUGCGGUGACAGGGUUGUUCUGGCCGCAAACCAAUCCGAAAUCCAGUCCGUGGAGGCAAGUCCGAGCGGGGAAAAUCUGGUUGAAGCUCUUGCAAAAGGAUUUGGGUUGCACUGGAAGGCAAAUAAUAGCUUGUGUGAUCCGUGCAGAGGCUCCGGCGGGCAAUGUGGGUAUAAUAACGUUUCGAAUAAAUUUUCUUGUUACUGCUCAGAUCGGCCCUAUGAUACCGUUUGUCUUUGUCCUACGCCUACAGCUACAGUUACAGUUCGAGUCAACAAAACUAUCCUCUCUAGUCAGCAGUCAACUCACUUACCCCUUCAAGCCCGCCAGCUUUCUUUUCUCAAAAUGCAACUCCUAUUCUGCCCUCUGCCCUCUGCCUCUCCUCAGGCCUUCACCAUGCUCCCUCUGGUUUUCCUCUUCCCGCUCAUCUUCCUCCUUUCCGCCCAUGGAACGCAUUCCUCUGGCCAAAACGAUACUUCUACCUUUCCCAACUGCAACCAGACCUUCUCAUGUGGGGGCCUCCAAAACCUCUCUUACCCAUUCACCGGAGGGCCUCGUCCGUCAUACUGCGGCCCGCCCGGAUUCCUCCUCACCUGCACCGACGACGGAAUCCCCCAGUUAAUUAUGGACUCACUGUCUUACAGGAUCAUCCAACUCGACCGAAACAAACAGAGCAAGACGCUUUCCCGCUCGGACCUGUACAACAACACAUGUACCCACAAAUUUGCUAACAACAAUCUGAGUUCCCCUUUAUUCAAUCUCAGCCCAGACAACCAAAACCUCUCGCUGUUCUAUGGGUGUACUCCGGUCCAGGCGUAUACUCCGGAGAACCUGUUCUGGUGCGGAAUGGGACUUCUAGUAGUGCCGCGUACCAUGUGUUGGGUCCAGUUCCGAACGAUCCCAUAUUCAAGAUUAUUCGCUGUAACAUCAGCAUCAAACUGCCCCAUGUUGCAAGCUGCGCCGGAUAAACUUGAGACCAAUAGGUCUACUCUUAGGGAAGCUUUAAUGGAGGGAUUUAGUGUGAAUUAUACUACUCCAAAUGCGGACGAUUGCGCUAUGUGUCGUGAUUCGGGUGGGAAGUGUGGGUUUUUGGAUCAGUUAAUUUGUUUGCAUUUGUGGUGAUCGAAUUUGUGGCAUACCAGGUAUUCCUGAUGAGGUAUUUCAUGUUGAUUUUGAUCCAUCCAUAUAAAUAAUUCUUAUAGUCUGUAAGAUUAUAAGAACAGCAAAGAAUUUUUUGAAGGAAUGUUUUGGGGUUGAAUUGUUCACUAAUGUUGGUUCUUUGCCUAAUUUCUAGUUUCUUCAUUAUUUCUGCAUUUGCUUCCAGAACCAUAAUUAAGUUCACCUAAACUUCUGCGGUAUAGCUUGGUCUAUCUUGAUGUUCGAUUGUUACAAUUCUGUCAUGGAUGUUUUUACUGAAUUUUUGAAUCUUGUGAUUGUUGCAGAUAAGAAAAAAAUACCACUCGU